AUGUCUUCGUCGUCCUCGCCAAAGCCGCGGAGCCAGGAAGGAUCCAACGCCAACGAUGAGGAACCUUCAACCGCAGAUCCGAGUCAACAAAAAGGCGGAAUGAAGCAGGCCGCCGCUUCUACCGAAGCGAGAGUCAAGACAAACCCGCUGGAGAUCUUCGUCGACUCUAUGCGAGAAUGCGAAAACGACCAUCACUUCCACAUGAUCUGCAGAGACGGGGUGAUGAGAGUCAUCGAAUACCUACCCGGGCCGCCCGACGAGGUCACUCAAACCAACAUCUUUGAUGCAAAACCCAUGUCACCAGAGCUCAUCAAAUCAUGGUUGGACAGAGGUCCUUGGAGCCAGGAGAAAGAGGAUAGGUUUCGCGGGGUUGAUGGUAGAACGGUUUCAGAGGAGCAGUGGAUGAAUCCCCCUGCAGGACUGAUCCCAACCUUCGGCACCAAGAACGAGCGCGACGAGGAGAUGAGAAAGCACCGCGAGGAAAGGGCGGAGUUGGAACGCAAGAUUGCGAGUGGCGAGGUCGAGCAGGAACCAGCGAUAGCCUGUAUGGCCGUCCAAAGCAACUACGAUCUGAGUCCUCGUUAG